AUGGCGUCCAGUCUGAAUCCACAGCCCGAAAAAAAGACAUCAAUCGAUCUUGCCAUUUGUGUUGCUCUUACGAAAUGGUUACUUCAUGAAUUGUACCCAGAGAAUAACCUAUGCAGACCGAUGCCGUUCGUCCGGUACGGUUAUCUAAUAAUGGCCCCUGAUCAUGUCUUGAACUCGGGAACGAGGGAAGAAAGAUCAAUAGCGAUCCGAGCUCUCCUUUUACUGCACGGAUACCAGCGGCAUGAGAGACAUACCCGGAAGCAUGUUUUGUCAGGUUACCCAGAUAAGAAAAUAACUACUUUUCAGCGAUAG